GCGCCAGCAGGCGGAAGUGGGGAGCUGGUCUGAGAACGUGAGCUCGCAGCCUGAGAGCAAGCGCGUCCGUCCGUCUGUCCUGAGGAGCUCAAAGCCAAGGACAUCGGCAAAACCGACAUUAACUUCAAGUUCCCGCGGCUGCUGACAAUGUGGAGGACACUGGCGGCACCUGGCAGAGGCUGCUGUGCCCUGGUCAUCCUGAUGACAAUUGUGGACAUGCAGCCUGGUGGAGGCCUACACAUCACCAGCUCAGCUUCCCAGCACGGAGAGCAACUGACCUUCAUCUGUACGCUGUGGCACAAGAGAGAAGAAGCCGAGGGGUUCAUAGUGUUUUUGUGCAAAGACAGAUCUUGGAACUGCUCCUCUGAGGUCAGCCUGAAGCAGCUGAGACCUAAGAGGGAUCCCGAGAUGGACGAUGUCAGUGAGAAGUCCUCUCAGCUGGUGUACACCAUCAACAGAGUCACACCAGGGGACAUCGGGACGUACCAGUGCUGUGCCAGGAGCCAGAAACUGGGUUUGCACCUUCAAGGCCAUUUUUUCUCUGUUUUAGUCACAGGUGGAGAGACCCUCUCAUCAUUCCGACUCCCCUUUGAACCAGAGACAGGGAACUACACGGUGACAGGACUGAAACAGAGAACGCACCCCGAGGUCAGCCAGAGUGGAGGCGCGCUCAGCUCAGGUCUCCCACAGGAAAAGCCGUGGUUCUGGCUCUUCACAAGCCUGGUGGCCUUCCGAGCCCCCUGCCGUGUGUGGGAAGCCACCUGAACUUUCUGAGCAGCGUCUGUUUCUUCUUUGUCCCACCUUGCAGCCAGCAGAGACCAAGGUUUGCUCCCUCCCCACCUCCUCCAGGGUCAGCCAGGUCUGCCCAGGGAUACGACUCUGGUCUAACAACAAGACACAGCGUACACGGGGCCGGAGCCGACACCUGUGAUUCCAGACACUCUGGAAGCUGAGGCAGGAGGGGUACAAGUUCAAGGCUGGCCUCAGCAAUUCAGUGAGACCUUCAGCAAAUA